AUGAUGUCUGCAUCUGGGCUGGCUGAAUCAAAGGGUUUCUCCAUGGAAACUUUCGGUCCUGGAGUGGACAAGUCGAUAGGUUGCUAUCAUGCUGCGAUACAGGAGUUGAUUGUUAUUGACGAUCUCUUGUCAGCUAUGGUUGGAUUUGAAGGACGAUAUAUUUCGAUAAGAAGAGUCCAGGGGAAGGAUGAUAGUGCAAUCUUCCAAGUUGAUGCAUCUAUGGAUUUGGUACUUCAGGAAUCUGCUAAACGGAUUUUCCCCCUUUGUGAGAGCUACAUACUAAUUAAUCAAUUUGUCGAGUCUAGGUCCGAGUUCAAAAGUGGUCUUGUCAAUCACGCUUUUGCAGCUGCACUUAGAACACUACUACUUGAUUACCAAGCCAUGGUGGCUCAGCUCGAACAUCAAUUUCGUCUGGGGAAACUUUCUAUUCAAGGAUUAUGGUUUUAUUGCCAGCCAAUGAUGGGGUCAAUGCUAGCAUUAUCCAUACUAAUAAAGAAAGCUUCAGCUGCUAAUUCCAUUGGCUCCGCUGUUCUUAACCUCUUGCAGAGCCAAGCGAAGGCCAUGGCAGGAGACCAUGUAGUGAGGUCCUUGUUGGAAAAAAUGUCACACUCUGCAAACCAAGCAUAUCUUGGAAUAUUAGAGAGGUGGGUGUAUGAGGGAGUGAUCGAUGACCCCUAUGGUGAAUUUUUCAUUGCUGAGAACCAGUCUCUUCAGAAGGAAAGUCUCACUCAUGAUUACGAUGCAAAGUAUUGGCAACAGCGCUACAGCCUGAAAGAUGACAUCCCUAGUUUCCUUGCAAAUGCUGCUGAAACAAUCUUGAUCACUGGAAAAUAUUUGAAUGUUAUGAGAGAAUGUGGCCAUAGUAUUCAGGUUCCUGUAGCAGAAAGUUUAAAAUUGACGACAGUUGGGUCUAAUCAUCGAUACCUUGAGUGCAUCAAAGCUGCUUAUGAUUUUGCUAGUGGUGAAUUAUUGAAUCUCAUAAAAGAAAAGUAUGACUUAAUGGGCAAACUGAGAUCAAUCAAGCACUAUUUGCUUCUUGAUCAGGGUGACUUUUUGGUUCACUUCAUGGAUAUAGCUCGCGAGGAGCUCAUGAAAAAGCCGGAUGAGAUUUCUGCUGAAAAGCUGCAGUCUCUCCUGGACCUUGCAUUGCGAUCUACAGCAGCUGUAGCAGAUCCAUGUCAUGAGGACUUAACAUGUUGUGUGGAAAGAACAACUCUGUUAAAAAGGCUGAGCACGCUCAAAGAUCUUCAAAUGAAACAGAGUGUUUCCAGCAGCAAUGACCUAGAAGAACCUGUGAGCAUUACAGGCUUGGAAACAUUUUCUUUGAGUUUCAAGGUCCGAUGGCCAUUAUCCCUCGUUAUCUCAAGAAAAGCUUUAACGAAAUAUCAGUUAAUAUUUCGGUUUCUAUUCCAUUGCAAGCAUGUGAAUCGGCAACUUUGUGCAGCAUGGCAAUUACAUCAAGGUUUUCGUAGACUUGAUAUGCAAGGAAUAGCAAUUUCUGUAUCAUCCUUGCUGUGCCGGAAUAUGCUUAAGUUUAUCAAUAGCCUUCUACAUUAUUUGACUUUCGAGGUAGUUCUUGAGCCGAAUUGGCAUGUCAUGCAUAAUAGACUUCAAACUGCAAAGAGUAUUGAUGAGGUCAUACAAUAUCACGACUUUUUUCUUGAGAAGUGCUUGAGGGAAUGUUUGCUUCUGUCACCCGUUCUUCUCAAGAAGCUAGAGAAAAUGAAAUCGAUAUGCCUUCAGUAUGCCUCAGCAGCUCAAUGGCUUGUUACAUACUCAAACGAUAACCCCAACACUGAGAGUCCCAAUGUGGAUAGAUACAAAAAGCUGAAACUAAGAAGCCGAUCCCAGUUGCUGAAUGACGCUCCUGAAAAUGCAGCAGUUGUUGAAUCCAUCCUGAAGUUUGAGAAGGAGUUUUCGAGGGAACUUGAGAGUCUUGGACCAAUAUUGAGCAGCAGUUCUUAUGCUGAGCCGUACUUAACUCAUCUUGCGCAGUGGCUUCUUGGGGUCGGAAGGGACUGA